AUGAAGUUAAAUGAUGGUAAAGUAGAACCAAGAGAAGCACUGGAAGAUUGUAAAGUGAAUCCAACAUCGGAUUUAGAUGCAUUACUGCACGUUAUUAAGAGCAGUUUAAGCACAGGAGUUCUAGCAAUAGCAAAUGGAUUUAAAAAUGCAGGAUUGUUGCUAGGAAUUAUAGGGACAAUUUCAAUUGGCAUUUUAUGCACUCAUUGUGCUUAUAUCAUGGUAAAGUCUGCUCAGGAUCUCUGCCAGAUAAUGAAAAGGCCUUUCCUUGGGUAUACUGAAACAGUUGAGCAUGCAAUGCUGAAUUGUGCGAAGAAAAAAUUUAGCCAUUAUGCUAGAUUCACUAAAAACACAGUUGAUAUGUUUAUGUUUUGUACAUAUUAUGGAGUAAAUACAGUAUAUAUAAUAUUUGUUGCGACUACUAUUCAACAUAUCACUGAGGAUCAGUUUCACAUAAACCUCAAUAUAAGAUUCUACAUAUUAGCUAUUGCAAUACCAGUCUUUUUCAUAGGGAUAAUUGGAAGUAUGAAAUAUCUGGUACCUUUUAGUGCGAUUGCUAAUCUCUUCUUAUUAAUUGGCUUAUGUUUGACGUUUUACUACAUUCUACAAGAUCUCCCUCCUAUUAGCAGUAGACCAUUGGUUGCUAACAUAACUCAUUGGCCAUUUUUUAUUUCCACAGCCUUUUUUGGGUUGGAAGGAAUAGGAACAAUGUUACCAAUUGAAAAUUCUAUGAAAAAUCCACAACAUUUUCUAAGUUUCCCAGGCGUUUUAAUUAUUGCAAUGGUAAUCGUUGUCGGUUUGUUUUCAUCUUUGGGUUUCUUAGGAUACCUUAAAUAUGGCGAUUAUAUUGAAGACAGUAUUACACUUAAUUUGCCCAGACAUUUAAAAGCUGAAGUGGUAAAAGUACUCGUUGCACUAGCAGUUUUAUUUACAUAUGGUCUUCAGUUAACUGCAUCAAUGGAAGUUAUAUGGAAAAGAUUAGAAAAAUAUUUUGAUGAUGAAAUAAAAUACAUAAGAUACUAUCAAAUUCGAGCUAUGCUAAUUUUUGGCACAGUUGUUUUAGCUUUGGUUGUGCCAAACUUGGGACCAGUCAUUUCUCUAAUUGGAGCUUUUGGUUUUUCAAUGUGCGGCUUUUUCUAUCCAGCUCUUGUUCAAACAAUAAUGAAAUGGGAUGAUGGCCUUGGGAAAUGGAAUUAUAUAUUGUGGAAAAAUGGUUUCGUCAUCUUAUUUUCUAUUGUUGCGACUUUAACAGGAAGCAUAUCAGCAAUAUUCGAUAUAAUUAAAGAAUAUAAAUAA